AUGGCGGUGAAUGAUGCAAACACUGUGCAUAACAACAACAGAGAUGUAUCUAAUAUACAGACUCAAGAAACCACUCAAUCAGAGGAUCAGGGAUCUGAGAACUAUUCCUUAUGGAGUAAAUCUAUGAAGUUAGUUUGGCGUGGUAAAAACAAAUUAGGUUUUGUAUUUGGUACAUGUAAGAAAGAAAUGUAUGACUCUAGCCUUCAUGAACUUUGGGACAGAUGUGAUGCUAUAGUGCUAGCUUUGAUUGUAAAUACAGUGUCUAAAGAUUUGAUUAGUACUGUGAUUUAUGCUUCUAAUGCUUAUAAAGUCUGGGAGGACCUAAAGGAGAGGUUCAACAAGGUUAAUACAUCAACAACAUACCAUCUUCAUAGGGAGAUAGCAACCGUGACUCAAGGUGUUGACUCAGUAUCUGUAUAUUUUUCGAAAUUGAAAGCUCCAAGGGAUGAGUUUGAGGCCUUAAUGCCACCUCCUUCAUAUGCAUGCUCUGAAUCCAAAUAA